CCCCGCCUGCAGCCGCCAUGGCCGAAUGGGGCCCGGCCCAGAUCCAGGAGUGGAAUGUUGAGGCGCAACAUUUGAUGCCCCUCCAGCCCCCUCUUGUCCCCGAGCUCAGCCACAUGCGGGAGGCCCAGCUUCACACGGCCGAGGCGUCCCUCUGGAGCGUGGUGGCCACUGUCCAGGCCAUGGAGAGGAAGAUCGACCUGCUGGCCACCCGCCUGCUAAGCCUGGAGGGCCGGUCCGGGACGGCCGAGAAGAAGCUGCUGGACUGUGAGAAGACGGCCAUGGAGUUUGGGAACCAGCUGGAGAGCAAGUGGGCCGUGCUGGGGACCCUCAUUCAGGAGUACGGGAUGCUCCAGAGGAGGCUGGAGAACAUGGAGAACCUGCUCAAGAACCGGAACUUCUGGGUCCUAAGACUCCCCCCGGGCUCCAAGGGAGAAAUCCCCAAGAUGCCGGUGACUUUUGUGGACAUCGCUGUGUAUUUCUCUGCUGAAGAGUGGAAGAACUUGGCGGAGUGGCAGAAAGACCUCUACAGUAACCUCGUGAAGGAGAACUACGAAUCUUUGCUCAGCCAAGGAGCAGACAUCAACAUUUCAAAGCCUGAGACACAGCCAAGGACCGAGCGGAGCGCGGAGCCUUGUGUCCCUGAGCAGCCGAACUCCAAGGAGCGGGAAGUAGCCGCGGAGCCUUGCACAGAACCCUUGAUGUCAACGCCGGACAUCUUGUCCCGGAUAAAGCAAGAAGAGCCUUUUGCUGGGGGAGGACAGUUCCCGGAGGAGAGAGGCAUCCCGACGGAUCCUUGCGCAGGUGCCGAGGCCCUCAUGUCUGCCCACGACUUCUUGUCCUGGAUUAAGCAAGAGGAAGAGCCGUGUGUCCGGGCUCGCUGGGAGCCAGCCGAGAGGGACAUGAUGACCGUCCCUGGCCCAGCUGGCGAUGGGAUGGCAGUCAAAGCGGAGGAGCGGCGCCAGGGCCCGGAAGAACCGGCCAGGCCCAGGGAGCCUUUGUUCCAGGGGGAGCCGCCGGCAGCUGCCGCCCCGGUGGAACCUUACGGGGGGCCUUGUGGCCAAGUCCCACCGCCCCUCAGCCCGGCCCGGAGCCGAGCGGGGAAAUCCCUUGAAUUAGACAGCGAGCUGCAGAGCAUCUUUGCGCCCCAAGGCCCCGCCGAGAGGCCCCACGGCUGCAGCGAGUGCGGCAAGAUGUUCGGGGUGAAGAAGAGCCUGAAGGUCCAUCAGAGAAGCCACCACAGCCAGGAGCGCCCGUACGAGUGCACGGAAUGCCGGAAGAGCUUCAAUUGCCACUCGGGGCUGGUGCGCCACCAAAUGACCCACCGAGGCGAGCGCCCCUACAAGUGCGAGGAGUGCGGCAAGUGCUACAGCCGCAAGGAGCACCUGCAGAACCACCAGCGCCUCCACACGGGGGAGAGGCCCUUCCAGUGCCCCGUCUGCGGCAAGCGCUUCAUCCGCAAACAGAACCUCCUCAAGCACCAGAGGAUCCACACGGGGGAGCGGCCGUACCAGUGCGCCGAGUGCGGGCGCAGCUUCCGCUAUAAGGAGUCCCUUAAGGACCACCUCAGGACUCACAGCACGGAGGCUGGGCAUCCCGCCCAGCGGCUCCUGCCCCCCAUGGCUGGGGAUCCCCUCCCGUAAAUGCUGUGGGACGGAGGGAAAGGAACCGUUCUAAGCUUUGCCCAAAAGUUUCCUGUCUCCGUUCUCUCUCUCGCUCUCCUUCCCGGGCUGCGUCCGGUGCGCCGAACCUGCCCGAUGUUUUGGGGGGAGGACCACUGUGAAGACUGCUGGAGGCAGACGGGGGAAGGGGGGAUGUUUCACUGAGGCUGGGACUGGUGUGGAAAAGCCAAGGCAGGAGCUGCAAGGGCAGGGAGGCCCGCCUCGCUGUACCAAAUACGUACUGCCGUGGGGGGGGGGGGGGGCGUGUUCGAAAGCAGAUGGCCCCCUCCGCCACAGCCCCCCUAGGCAAAUGAACCCACUGGACUGGAGCAGAUGGCCGUUCUCACCGCCGUAAGCUGACAUUGCCUGGCUCGGGAACAAACUUUCGAGAAUCUCGCUGUUUGACUCCAGGGAGUUUCUAGCCCUCACGGAAGGGCCGAAAACGUGGCAGUUGGCGCACGCCCUCCAAGCCUCAGAGACCGAAUCCCAGACCGGCUCACCCCCAUGUUUGCAGUCCAAUCUUGUUUCCUGACAGCUUCCAAAGGAUCCAUCACGAUUUUACAAGGAUGUACCGUGAUGACGUUGGGGUGGAAUGGUUCAAAAUGGCCGCUCUUUUGGCUUCUGCCCACUCGAGCCCACAAAAGACCAUUUCCUGCCUGCCCUGGGUGGAGAAGCUGAUCUCACACUCCAGGGGGCUCCUCUCCGGGUUGGCCUGUGGCCUCUUUCUGCCGUGCCUGCCUCCAUUCCAGCCCUCCGAACACUUUUGACUGCACGCACCUUCUGCUCUUUUUCCGCCUCUCGCCUCGCCGUUGCCCACUUCUUGCGAAUAUAUUUAUUCUUCUUUGCCCCUGCCUUUCUCCCACGCCGCAGCGAUUUUAUUUUUAACAUUCUUUUAAAGCUCAUGACGAUACAGUCCAGCUCUGUUUAAAAGAGAUUUUAAAAAAAACCGUAUUUCCAGGUGUAGUUUUGUAUGCAGGGUGCGAUGGAAAUAAAGAUCGACAAAAGGAA